ACAAGCCUUCAACAGAGGACAAUCUGAAACCCUUUUACCUUCACUACUCUACUAAUAUCAACAACAUGGCUACUAAGAAAAAGAAAGUCAAAACUGUAGUUGAUGACCAGAAGCCGAAGCGUGUAUUUGGAGAUUUCCAAUGUUCAAAAUGUAAUCGGACUUGGUCAAGUGCUAACACUUGGACUGGCAUGCGCCAGAAAUGCAAGAUAUGCAAGAUUUAUGUUUCCCCUCAUAAAACGAAUCCGCUAAGACGAGGUAACACAGAUUACAAUAAAGAAAAGCAUCCUGAGGAGCUGUGUGAGAUGUGCAUAAAGCUUCGUCAUUCCUGUAAAAACUGAAUCAAAUGCAGCAACAGACUGACUGUGCAACUAAUUAAUUGUUAACACUGCUUCAACUUAGAUAUAGAACAGCACAGGUUUUUGGUUUAUUGGGUUUUCCAUGUUGAAAAAUAGUUGAAUAGAUUGAUUAUUUAUUGUGAUUACAUAAAAAAACAUUAAUUUUAAAAUGAAAAUUUAGACUAACUAUAAUUAUUAUUUAGAGUGGAGUUUUAACAAGGUGCCAAAUUCAACCACUUUAAUGAUCUUUUCUUUAAAUACAAAAAUGAUAUCAAGGCUACCUGGAGUACUAUAAAUUCUCUUAUCAGAAGAAGCCCUAAAGAUCAGCCAGAUACCUAUUUUGAUUGCAAUGGUGACCUUACCAAUGACCCAGACAAAAUUCAAGCACAUUCAACAAAUACUUUGUUGAAAUUGGCCCUUCACUAUCUAACAAUAUCCCCAAUGCGACAUUUCUUUUAAAGAAUUCCUACCCAACCCUACACGAAAUUCGUUAUUUCUUACCCCUGUAGGCAUUAAUGAGGUGGCCACUGUUCUUAAUUCUUUUAAAAACAACAAGUCACCUGGUAUCGACGGUUUUCAUACCAAAGUAAUAAAACAUGUUUCGGAUUUAAUUUCUAUCCCCUUAUCUCAUAUAUUUAAUCUUUCAAUCUCUAAAGGUGUUUUUCCAAACAGAAUGAAGCAAGCCUGUGUAACUCCCAUUUUCAAAUCUGGACUAAAAUCCGAUAUUUCUAAUUAUCGUCCCAUAUCAAUACUCUCUGUUUUCUCAAAAGCCUUAGAAAAAAUCAUUUAUGACAGAACAAUAAACUUUAUUUCAAAAUAUAAUAUCCUUUACAAUAAACAAUUCGGAUUUAGGAAAGGAUACAAUGCCCCUAUGGCCCUUAUUGAUCUUGCCAACAAAAUCGUUGAUGCAUUUGAAAACAGGCAAUUUGCUAUCGGAAAUUUUAUAGACCUUUCUAAGGCUUUUGAUACGAUCAAUCAUAACAUUCUCUUAUACAAAUUAGCUCAUUAUGGAAUACGCGGCCCAGCCCUAGAUCUUUUCCAGAGUUACCUUUCAAAUCGCAGUCAAUGUACCAAAUAUUUUAACUCCAUUUCUAAUUCCCUUCCCAUUACUUGCGGUGUUCCUCAGGGGUCUUUGUUAGGUCCAUUACUUUUUAUUUUAUAUAUUAAUGAUAUACAUUCGUCCUCUAAUCUUCUUUCUUUUUUUAUGUACGCAGAUGACACUACUAUUUUUUAUGCUAACAAAAACAUUCAAGCUUUAUGUGACACUGUUAAUGCCAUCCUUAUUUGCCUGUCUAAAUAUUUUUCUACCAACAAACUUUUAAUAAAUCACAAUAAAUGUAACUUCAUUCUGUUUCGAAGCCCCCAGAUGUCAAAAUUUCAUGACCUUUCACCCUUAAAAGUCUAUAUCGAUAAUCAUGCCAUUCCAAAUGUUCAACAUACCAAAUUUCUAGGGUCUAUCUUGACUGUGGUCUAACAUGGAAGAAACAGAUAAACGAAAUUGAAAAUAAAGUCUCCAAAAGCCUUGGUAUCAUUUUUAGAUUAUCCUCAUUUGUUCUCCUCAAUGUACUACGUUUACUGUAUUGCUCGCUAAUUCUUCCUUAUCUGAGCUACCGCAACAUUGUAUGGGUUAAUACCUACCCCUCAAACUUAAAUAAACUUCACAUUAUUCAAAAAAAGGCUAUCAGGAUUAUAUCUGGCGCUCCACCGCGGUCUCAUUACUCUAGGUUAUUUUCAAAUUUAAAUUUACUGAAACUCCCUGAUAUAAAUUCUCUCCAACAAAGUAUUUUUGUGUAUGCAUCCUCUCACUCCAUUUUACCAAAGUAUUUCUGUGAUAUCUUCAAACCUAAUUCCUCUUCCUCAAUUACUGUACUUGAGGUAGAUAUGAUGUAUACAUUCCCAAUCAUAAGACUAACUAUUUUCAACAUAAUAUUAGAUUUACUGGCCCUAAAUUAUGGAAUUCUCUACCUCCCUUAGUUGUCGAUUCCAUUAAUAAAAAGUCAUUUGCUAUCCAGCUCAAGAAACACAUUAUUUCUAAUUAUUAAUAUAGUCUACUCCCAUAUUAUCCUUUUUUGCACUAAUUAAUGUUCGGUGUUUCGGUCCAAUUUGAACUGUUGCUUUCUUCGUUUGCGUGUCUUCUUCAUCCUGUUUUGUCCUUGUCCUUUCAAUUUUCUGUUUGUUUUUCGUGUCUCCCUUUUAUUUCAGGCUGACCCGUCACAAAAUUUUCUUCCUGGGUCUUUGCCUUUUUCCUUUUCUCUUGAAUUUGAUAUGAUCUUGUCUUAUUUGUAUCAAUUGAAAAGGAAUUAAAUAAAUGUUACUUUGAAUGAAUGAAUAGAUUAAAAGGAUUAUUAAACCAUAUGUUCUAUAUGUAUGAUCAUGUAAUUUCAAAAUAAUCAGAUAAACUAUGAGGUAAUCUAUAAAAAAUAAAUUUAGAGACACAUAAUUUAUGAAGUUUAGAUAUAUCUAAUAUUUUAAGUGAAUAAAACAGUGGUGCUGAAUGUGCUCUAAAAUCAGCAAAUGUAAUGCACCACACACACAUUUUUUGUGUAACUAAAACAGGCUUCAAAUAAGAUUCAUAAGUAUUACCCCAUACCUCAAUGCCGUAAGUUAGAUGUGGCUGAAUAAAAGCAUUAUAAAGCAUAGUAGUGUGCCCUCAGGGAUACAGUGCCGAUUCAAGACCACCCUUGGGACCUAAAAAAUUUGGGGUGGUCUACGUGUUGGUCACCAAUUAGAGGGCUAGCUUUGUGAUAAAAGGUUGUAUAUUGUUAUUUGGGUCAUCCCCUGCUUCAUUAUGUGACUGCGAAUGCCCAUCUACUCUUCCCUAAUGUUGUUAAAGUGAUAAAGUCAAUAAAUCUAUUAAAA